CCUCACCUUCCUUCCACGCUGAGGGUUUUCCUUUUUUUGUCUCAUUCUAACAUCACAGUUCUACACGAUCUCUGAUCGAUUGAUUCGGCCAAGAUAAUCUGAGUCUUGUGCUUAUCUACUACACCUCUUCCCAUUUUCUUCAUUUCCAGUUUUUUCGGGGGCUUCAUAUCUCCCACGGCACGCGUCACAUCUUCUUCAUGCGUUGUGUGCCGAGUCGAGGCAGACAUCGGAGGCGCGCGACUGACUGGUUGGUUUAGCUCGCGUUUUCUUUAUCCGGUACCCUGCGCUACUCAAUUUCGAUUCUUUUAGCUCGGAUUUGAGUAGCUGAAGGCCUUCGGCGGCGAUGACUUGAUUGAUGCGAAUUGGGGAUUUCUUACCGUUUCCUCUAUUGAUGUCGGUGCUGAAGAGCUCAAACCAAUUUGGGUUUUGAGGGUUUUUUUUCCCUUCUGCUGCUGAUCAAGCUCACAAAGAUCGCUAGCUCCAUCUACCAAUGGACGAGUCCGGGGAAGCGAGCGUCGGCUCCUUCAGGAUCGGGCCGUCGACGCUGCUGGGCCGCGGGGUGGCGCUCCGCGUGCUCCUCUUCAGCUCGCUGUGGCGCCUGCGGGCGUGCGCGUACGCCGCCAUCUCGCGCGUGCGCGGCGCGGCGCUGCCGGUGGCGGCGUCCUGGCUGCACCUCAGGAACACCCACGGCGUCCUCCUCAUGGUCGUCCUCUUCGCCCUCUUCUUGCGGAAGCUCUCCGGCGCGCGGUCGCGGGCGGCGCUCGCGCGCCGGCGCAGGCAGUACGAGAAAGCCAUGCUGCGUGCCGGUACGUACGAGGUCUGGGCGCGCGCCGCCAAGGUGCUCGACAGGAUGUCUGAGCAGGUGAGGCGGAUUUCUACGACGAGGAGCUCAUCAGGGACAGGCUUGAGGAGAUCCGGAGACGGAGGGAGGACGGGUCGCUCCGGGACGUGGUAUUCUGCAUGCGUGGCGAUCUUGUUAGGAACUUGGGGAACAUGUGCAACCCUGAACUUCACAAGGGCAGGCUAGAGGUUCCUAAGCUUAUAAAGGAAUACAUUGAAGAGGUUUCUACUCAACUAAGAAUGGUGUGCGAAUCUGACACCGACGAGAUACUAUUGGAAGAGAAGCUUGCCUUUGUCCAGGAGACCUGACAUGCCUUUGGGAGGACAGCGCUGCUCUUGAGUGGGGGUGCUUCACUAGGGUCUUUCCAUGUAGGUGUAGGUGUAGUGAAAACAUUGGUCGAGCAUAAGCUUCUGCCUCGGAUUAUAGCAGGAUCAAGCGUUGGUUCUAUUAUAUGUUCGAUUGUUGCUACUCGAACAUGGCCUGAGAUUGAGAGCUUCUUCACAGACUCAUCACAGACCUUGCAGUUCUUUG